ACACCCAUAUGUGGGGAAUACCUACCUGUGAUUAGUAUUCUUGUUUUGAUAAAUACUCACGUUUGUUUUACUGUUUGGCUUGCAACUUGCAACCUCAGUCAAGUGCAGUUCACCAUCAACAAUGGAACCGACAUUUAUGCUCCUUGCUUUGGUUCUUUUUAUGUUUUUGGGCUCGCUUUUCGGAGGUGAAUUUCCCCUGUGUUUUAACUUGUCGGAGGACAAACUGAAGAAGAUCACAGUGUUUGGAGCAGGUCUCCUGGUAGGCACCGCCUUGGCUGUAAUAAUUCCAGAGGGCGUUAGGUCAUUGAUCCCCGAACAGGUGCAUCAAGCCGCCCACAAUGAAUCCGAGAUCCACGAGCACAAAGAUCCCUUGUCCGCGAUAGGAAUAAGCCUCGUCUUAGGCUUCAUUUUUAUGCUCAUGGUGGACCAGAUCUCGCAAAGCAGAAACGAGAACCUCAGCCCUUCCGAGAGGAACAUUACCGCAACGAUUGGUUUGGUGGUUCAUGCCGCUGCCGAUGGCGUAGCCUUAGGUGCUGCUGCUACUACUAGCCAUGCCGACGUUGAAAUCAUAGUGUUUUUAGCUAUAAUGUUGCACAAAGCGCCGGCCGCUUUUGGAUUGGUGACUUUCCUUCUUCAUGAAGGUAUCGAAAGACGACGAAUUAGGAAACAUUUGUUGAUUUUUUCACUAUCCGCUCCCGUCUUGACGUGCAUCACUUACUUCGGGAUAGGGCAGAAGCAGAAGGAGACCUUGAGUUCCUUAAAUGCGACAGGUAUUGCUAUGUUAUUCUCUGCCGGUACAUUUCUGUACGUCGCGACAGUCCACGUGCUGGCCGAGCUCACACAAAACUCUCACGGUGGUCAAACGCAUUCCUACUCCAAGCUGCCCCAGUCUCUAGAGACUGCGAGGCCGUCUGUUCCUGUGUCUCAGUCGUUAAAGACUAGCGAGUUGCUGUGUUUGGUUGUGGGCUGUCUGUGCCCCUUAUUGUUGUCCUUGGGGCAUCACCAUUAGUUUCGUGUUAGAGGAAGUCUAAAGUAUUCAUCGAUUUAAGUGUACAUCUGUUGUAUUGUCGUGAUCAUAAUUGAUACCGUUAGAGAGGAAAGGUUUUCGGUAGAAAAAUAUCAAUAUUUGGAUCUUUAACGAGGGUAUUUGUGAUUAUGAUGAUACAACAAAUAAAAUUUUAAAAAAUUGGCAAGACUAAACACUUAGUUUAUGUAAUACGUACAUGUGAUAUAUAUUUUACACACAUUUUUUUUAUGGCGGUACUUGUGGGCUUUAGUUCUUCAAAUACUGACUGGAAUAACGAUUUUAUAUAUUUUUGAAAUUUUUAUAUUAGACUGAAACAGUAUUACAAUGAAUUGCACACAAGUAUGAGGAUCUCUAGUGCUAUAAUCCAGUCGCUGUCGGAAAAACAAGCAAGUCAUGAUUUCAAUUGUUUAAUGGAAAUUUUCAAGGUCGACAUUUGUGAAAAGGUAAAGCGAAUGGAUUAUAUGUUCAAUAUUAAAUUAUUGCUGGCUCGAUCAUGGGGUAUUAGUAUUUAUAUAUAUUUUAUUUUAUUGCCUUAUAGCAACUAAAGCUUAUUCAAAUUUUAUAUGCUAAAAGAUUCAGGUAUUGACAGUGAAAUGAAAAUAUUCUUAAAUUUGUUUUUCAAAUCAAAGAAAUCAAAAACCUUGCUUAAUAAAUCUAUUUUUUUUAAUUUUUGUUUCAAGAUUGGAAUGUUUUGGAAGGUGGCAUUAUAUUAUUUCAAUUUAUUAAGUUUGUCUUCAAAUCAAUUGCUGUGUAUAUAAUACUAUACUUAGUUUAAUGGAGGGGCAACAUAUAUUGUUAUUUUACAGUGUACAUUUCAAAAUAUGUAUAUAUUGUGGAAUAAAUAUUGUUUUUUAUACAA